CUCGAGACCCCACCUGCUACCAGAUAUCCAGUGCUGCUGUUACGGAAGCGUGACGCUUCUUCUCCAAGAAGAGAUCCUGCUCUGUGGCUCUGAGAUAUUAAAAUACCAUAAAGCGGCCGGCGUGGGGUGUUUGGAGAAAAUCACAGGAAAAGUGGUGGCAGGUAGGCCAACCCGCUCUACAUAUAUGCCCGGCAUCGCAGUCCCACUCUAUUCCCGGCGGUCGCAACCUAUUAAUAUUUUUCAAACCACCCACCACCUAUCUUUAUAUAAUUGAAUGACAGUGUCGACCUUUAGCCAAGUGCUUCGCAACCUCCCCACCAAGGCGUCGCAGCGCGACCUUGCGGCGACCUUCAAGGAGGUGUCGCGCAGGGAAGCGGAAAUGAUCUCACUGGCCACUGAGCACGGCUCACACGACGGGCACAGCUUAGAGGACGCGCAGCGCGGGCGCAACUACGACCUGAACCGGUACUCGAACGUUCUGCCGUUCGACGACAACCGCGUGCGGCUCGAGGGCCGCAACGACUACAUCAACGCGAGUCAUAUCAAAAUGCCCAAGGUGACGCCCAACACGUACAUUGCAACGCAGGGCCCGCUCAAGCACUCUGUAGGCGACUUCUGGCGCAUGGUGUGGGAGCAGAAGGCGCAGGCCAUUGUCAUGCUUGUCAAGCCAGUCGAGGAUGGCCGCAGCAAGUGCGAGAUGUACUGGCCCACGGAGUCGCAAAAGCUCGGCGAUAUCACGGUGACGUUGGAGAGCGAGCGGCCGAUGGAUGCCCGUGGCGACACGCUGGUCAGAAAGUUCGUCCUGGCAAGAUAUGGCGAAAUCAGGAGCGUCGUGCAGCUCCACUACAUGGAGUGGCCGGACCACGGCGUGCCGCCCAGCCCCCUGCCCAUUCUCAAUAUCAUCCAGUACUUGCGCUUAGAAAUUGUCCCCGACACCAAGCACCCGGUCAUUGUCCAUUGCAGCGCAGGCGUUGGCCGCACCGGCUCGUUUAUAACCCUGGACUCAUCAAUCGACCAUCUGGCCACGCACCACAACGAAUACAAUGGCGAUCUGAUCAUGGAUAUCUUCAAGAACCUGCGCAGCCAGCGCGUCAUGAUGGUGCAGACGCUCGAUCAGCUGGCGUUCUGCUACGAGGCCGUCAUCUACAGUCUGUCGGAGCAGAAGCGCAUGGAAAAGUCUCCGGUCUAGAAAAGACCCUAUCAUAAUUUUCACUCUCUGCAAAGAACAAUGCUCCACUAGAAACACACAUGCCUGCACUCGCAGAUCACCACCACACGGCAACGGCCAUAUAUGGCAGAAUUUUAGCGUGAUGAUUGCUAGCCACGUCUUUGGAGCACUGCGAAGACCUAGAACUUGGGAUCAGCAAAAGCGAAAGAGAGAAAGAAGGGGCUGGGCACACGCGGGUAUUGGCCUGCAACGGUGCUGCAGCUCUGCUGUGGACAGCCUUGAGAGUGGGGCCACUGCCCCCCAAAAGAUCACUAUGAUUACUACCGCCCACUCGCAGUGGCAGCGGACCGGGACUGUGAGGCAAGGGGUGAGACGCCUGUGGUCCGAAGAAACU